GAUAAGAACAUUGAAAUAAGUCGCGACCUUGCUUGACUUAAUAUAUAAUUACAUAAUUUAAAAAAAAGAAUUGAUAAAAAGAAAUCACAGUGUUGUUUAAAUGCUAUGGGAUAGAUAAGUUGACGUUAGAAAAUUUAAAUGAAUGAAAUGUGAAACAGUUUAUCAAAAUUGAAGCAAAUUCAUUUGACCUUAGAAACCAACACCUUGUGAUUCUUCUAGAAUGAUUUUGUGAAACUCGAACAUUUUCAAAAAGUGACAUAAGGAGAUCAUAAUAUUAGGAAAAGGUCUAUUUAGUGAAAGACAGCCAUAUUAAUCUAUUGGAAUUUAGAAGUAUUGUUCUAUUAGUCAAUAGAUAUCAGAGAAAAUGAAGAAAAGGAAGAAUAUUUUACAAACAAUAUUGAGCUUAGUUACAGUUAUGGUUGUGAUAGUUGUUUUUCAAACAAUUUUGUUUUUUAUUCAAAUUCAACAUAAUGCACAGUUUUAUCAGAAUAAUAACAGAAAAGAAUUAUCUAUCAGACCUAUAGCAGCAACAAAGGAAGUUAUUGGACGUUCCCCAAAACGUAUUUUAUACCCGCAAUUUGAUUUGGAUCUUAUUUAUCAGAAUUGGACAGACACAGCUACAUUAAUAGGAUCACCAAGAGAAACUUAUAGACGAUAUUUGACUAUAGGACUGGUGACGGCAAAGCGACCACAGAACACUGUUUACCUCUAUAAUACACUGAGCUCGCUCAUUACAAAUGCUAAUAGAGAAGACUUCAGAGAAAUAUAUAUCGUCAUAUUGCUAUCGGAUUUGGACCAAGAGUGGAGGACAAACAUGACUUCAGCAAUUGUAAAUAAAUAUCCACAGGAAGUUAAAAAUGGAACAAUCAAAAUAAUUGGGAGCUUUGAUUGGAUGUAUCCAAGUUUGACAAAUCUAACUCACCAUCGUAAAUGGCAUUCGAAAUCUAAAGCCAAGUGGAAAGCAAAACAAAACAUAGAUUUUGUUCUAUUAUGGUUGUAUGUAUAUAAAACGAAGCUUUCAGAGUUUUAUUUGCAUCUUGAAGAUGACGUCAUAACAGUUGGAGGAUACACCAAAGCUAUGAAAACUUUCAUCAAAGAUCAAAAAGGAGAGUGGACGUGUUUAGAGUUCUCUGAACUGGGCAUGAUAGCUAAAUUAUAUCACACACAUGACUUAGAGGCACUUGUUAAAAUGGUAGCUUUAUUUUACCAAGAACAACCUGCAGAUAAUACUUAUUUACAUUUUAAUCCACAGAUGCUUCAAUUUCGUCGUAUAAUAAGAAAACCGACGCUGUUUCAGCAUAUUGGGAUGACUUCCUCACAAUGGGGUCAUGUACAGUCAAUCAAAGACCGAUUUUGUGUGGCAAAUGUUGAAAAGAAAUUAUCGAAAGGAGAUAAUCCACCCGCAAAAGUAUUGACAAAUUUAAAGUUUCUUUCCAAACAUUCACCUGAAAAUGUAUACAAUACCAGCUUUGGAUAUUUCUGGUCCAAAUCUAAGCCAAAGAAAGAUGAUUACUUUAGAAUUGUAUUCAACAAACCUCAAGCUAUUCAAAGAAUUGUUGUCAAUUCUGGGUUAGAUAUAUUCCCAGAGGUCAAAGUCUACAGUGCCGUAUUAGAAAUAAGCUCUAAGAAUAAUAACAGAAAUGAUUGCACAGACUACAAUAUAAUAGAAACGUUUGUAAAUGGUAAAGUUGACGUUCAAAAUGUCCCUUAUCUAUUGAAUACAACCGAAAUACGCUGUUUUCAAAUACGGUUCCAAAACUCACAAAACUUUUGGGCGAUCAUUCAAGAAAUAUUAGUUUUUCUAAGGCGCUUAGCAGUUUCAACGAAACUGGCAUAUUUUAUCAAAUUAUAAUAAAGGAAUAAAGAUUUCUCUCUUUAAACAUUA